AUGUGUUCUUCAACAGGAUGGUCAUGUGGUAGCAUAUGCUUCUCGUCAGUGAAGAAGCAUAAGCAGAAUUAUCCUACCCACGACUUGGAGUUGGCAGCUGUGAUUUUUGCCCUUAAGCUUUGGAGGCAUUAUCUGUUGGGAGAGCAAGUGAAGGUGUUCACUGAUCAUAAGAGAUUGAAGUACAUAUUUACUCAGAAGGAGCUCAACAUGAGGCAACGCCGAUGUACCAGAUGCUUUGAGCCGAUUGCCGGCAAUCAUGACCCUCCAACAGGAAGUGAGAGAUAUGAGUAUAGAAGUUCUUCUUCCAGGAGUCACCGCUUCUUUGAUGAAUCUUCAGAUUCAAUCGACACUGGUCAAGCGAAUCAAGGUUGCACAAGCGAGUGA